AUGAGCAGUGAAGGUGGCAGGGGCUUCUGGAGCGAUGGCACAAACGAUCUGGACACUCCAGUCCUGACGGUGCACCAGACCAUCAGUGAUGUGCGAGGCAGUUAUUACCAGGAGAAAACAGUCUUUCUGCGUUGCACCGUCAACUCCAACCCUCCUGCACGCUUCAUCUGGAAGCGAGGAAACAUGCUCAUCGAGCAGAGCAAGGACAACGGAGUGGACAUCUACGAGCCGCUGUACACACAGGGUGAAACUAAGGUCUUGAAACUCAAGAAUCUUCGGCCCAAGGACUUUGCUGACUAUAGCUGCCAAGUGUCUGUGCGGAAUGUGUGCAACAUUGAAGAUCGCUCGGUUACCUUCCGCCUCACUAAUGCCACGGCUCCUCCGAUGAUCCGCAUGUCGGUGAAUGACACAGUGGUGGUGGAUCCAGGGCAGGAUGUGAUUAUCACCUGCGAGGUCAUUGCGGGCUUCCCUUCUCCCACAGUCACAUGGUCUCGCUCUCCAGGGCCCCUCCCCCUCAGCGCUCAGCUCAAAGGCCCCACGCUGAUCCUCAGGGCUGUGACUCCAGCGGACGCAGGCUUCUACAACUGCUCAGCCGUCAAUAACGUGGGAAACCCGGCACGCAAGAAUGUCCAACUUGUUGUGAGAUCUAUGAGUAACUUGACCUUCCAGAUCACUCCCGACUCUAACAAAGAUGGAGAGUCCAUUCAGAUGGGCCGCGACCUGAAGCUGUCGUGUCAUGUGGACGCCACUCCCCAGGACAAGGUCAACUACACCUGGUACAAGAACGGAGCUCCGGUGUUUAACUCGGACAGCCUGAUUCUGCUCAGGUCCGACCCCGACAUGGCCCCAGGCACCAGCAGUCUGGAGAUCGUCGACAUGAAGUUCAGGGACCUGGCCAUUUACAGCUGUGUUGCCAACUUCCCGGGCAGCAGGGUUCCCGAGCUCCGAGUGGAUAUGAACAUCUCUCAGAACAGUGUGACUCCUCCGAUCCUGUCACUGCCACCUGGUGGGCAGGUGGUGAGCGUGCGUGAAGGCGGUAACACUGACAUGGUGUGUUUGGUGGACGGAAAACCCCCUCCUCCGAUCCUGUGGUCCCGCAUGGAGAAGGACCUGCUAAUGCCCAACGGGAAGUCUCAGAUGGAGUCUCCGGACGGACGCUUGAGGCUCCGGAAUGUGAGCCGAGAUAUGAUGGGAGUGUACCGCUGCCAGACCGCGCCCUACAACGGACUAAACAUCAAGAAGCGCGAGAUGAAUGUGCAGCUAAAUGUUCAAUAUCCUCCGAUAUUGGACCCUGUGUACCAAGAUAUGCGCUCCCGAAAUGACCAAACCGUGACUCUGAGAUGCAACAAUCUGCGCGCAAACCCCCCACGCCUCACAGACAUCCGCUGGUUCUGCAAUGGAGACAUCAUCCGGAUGCCAAUGCCUGAUCUAAAGGAAACCCCACAACUCGUAUUCAAGCUUGAACCCACCAACAAUGGCUCGUAUGAGUGCAGAGUAAGCAACAGCGCCGGAACCUCAACAUGCACAUUUAAUGUUUCCGCCCAGCCUUAUAAUGCAGAGUUCUACUUUGAUACACCGAAUCCAGUGCGCAUUCUUAAAGGAAAUAACUAUUCCUACAAUCUGCAAUGGACACAGAGAGAUCCAGAGGCCACGGAUCGCAUCAUUGGAUACUGGAUAAAUGUCCGCAAGAACAAGCAGAACCUUCUGUCCAAGCAGAUUGAUCUGAAAGGAAAAGAGCCAGAGAAAGGUGUGCUGCUGUCGUACACCAUCACAGACCUGAAGAUCCCUCUGUUCUACGAGGUGCGCCUGGCCCCCAUCACCACUUACAGCACAGGCGAAUACAUCAGCCGCAUCAUUCAGUAUUCAGAACCCUACACAUACCCAAGACCUUCAGAUCAUGUUUGCGGUUUCGAAGAUGAGCGUAUAUGCGGCUUCUCUCAGGACCGGAGCGAUGUGUUUGAUUGGACGAGACAGAACCACCUGACCCAGAAUCCCAAACGUUCAGCUAAUACCGGCCCAGAGACGGACCGCAGCGGUACCAAAGAGGGCUACUACAUGUACAUCGAAGCGUCGCGCCCCAGAGUACAAGGGGACAAAGCCCGUCUUCUGUCACCACUUUUUAAUGUAACCUCUGUCAGGGGCCCCAAGGGUUCUGGCCGCGUCCCAUACUGCGUGUCCUUCUACUACCACAUGAAGGGCAAACACAUAGGAGCUCUGAAUGUUCUUCUUCGAGUCCGGAGUAUUGCGUCGGUGGACACACUGCUAUGGUCCAAGUCUGGUCACCAAGGCCCAGACUGGAGGAAGGCCUUCUUUGACAUUAGCCCCAGUGGACCUUUUCAGAUCGUGUUUGAAGGAAUCCGAGGGCCCAGUUUCGAGGGCGACAUUGCCAUUGAUGAUGUGUCCAUUACACUGGGGAAGUGCAAACAGGCGAACACUGUAGCCAGCGCAGGUAAGACAGUUCUGAUUGGUGGAUCGGUGGCUCUGCCGUUGACCGGCCGGCUGACCUUUGGGCUUUCCUGGGUUCUGUGGCUGCUCCUCAGAUGA